GGAUAGAUUCGGGCAGUUCCGUUCUCUCUCGUCUGCUGUCGGCUGUUUCCGGGGCGGGUUCGGGCCGUUCCGGCGGCGCUCGGGCCUGUCCAAGGCUCCGCCGGGCCGGAGGCAGCAGCGGGCUGGAGGCGAGCGGCGGCGGAUGGGGCCGGCGGAGAGGCACUGGAAAAGGGAACAUAGCGUGCCACGCUGUUCCAGGCUGGAAGCCUAUUGUGCUUUUCCUCCCCAGACUCCAAGAGACUGGCUUUUUUGGUGAAACAGACCCUGAUCUCGGGUUUCUUUGCUGCAUGCCCUCUCACCAGUGCUGGAUUAUGUUUGUCUCUUUCUCCCUUUGCUCCAUAAUUUGGUUGAAUCGUGGUUUCAAGCUGAGGAAAAGGGGCUGCACUUAAGCGCUCCUGGGCACCCAAACCAGGCUCCUGGGGUGCCGGUUCACACAGAGACAGUUCAGAGUGCUGAUGGGGGAGAGCUGCCUCUGAGGGCCCUCCUCUCCCACCUGGAACGUGCUGCCUCACCCUUCAGAGCCCUUCUCCCCCAGCAGAGAGGAUGGGCAGCACCGACGGCUUCCAGUACCGCGCGCUCUACCCCUACCGCAAGGAGCGCGAGGAGGACAUUGACCUGCUGCCCGGGGACAUCCUGGUCGUGAGCAAGGGGGCCCUGCAAGCCUUGGGCUUCAAAGAUGGAGAUGAGCAGACCCCCAAUCAGAUCGGGUGGAUCCUGGGCGUCAACGAGCGCACCAAGCAGAAGGGGGAUUUUCCUGGCACCUACGUGGAGUACGUGGGGCCGGUGAAAAUCGCUGUCCCCUCACACCGGCCCCGGGUGCAGAGACCCCUGCCUGCCACACCGGGCGCCAGCGGCUGCCGGCUGCCCGAGGCUCUGGAGCAAGGGUCUCCUCUCCCAGACUUGCAGGAGCAGUUCAGCCCUCCCGAGAUUGCUCCGCCGCUCCUGGUGAAGCUGGUGGAAGCUAUUGAGAAGAAAGGGUUGGACAGUGAGAUGUUGUACAGGACAUCUGGCUCCGAACUGAGGCAGGCGCUGAGAACCGAUUGGACCCUGGGUGACCUGGAGCCCCUGGACGUGCACUCCCUGGGCGAGGCACUGCGAGGUUACCUGCAGGACCUGCCCUCCCCCGUGGUGCCAGUGUCAGUGCAUGGAGAUAUCCUUCGCAUCCUGCAGGAGAUCCCCCAGCCAGAGAAUUGCCGGAAGCAGCUGCUGCUGGCCCUGGAGUCGCCUGCGGUCCCGCUCCAGAACACGCUCACCCUGCAGUUCCUGCUCCGGCAUCUGGGGAAGGUAUCGCAGCAGGCCGAGAGCAACAGCCUCCACCCUCGGGCCCUGGGAGAGAUCUUCGGCCCCCUUCUCCUCCGGCUGCCUGGCGCCAGCCCAGAGCUGAGCCCUGACUUCUCUGUGCUGUUUCUGGAGACACUUCUGCAGACGAAGGAGCUGGAACCAGAACAAUUGCCUCCAGCCCUGCCUCCUAAACCGCCGAAGCCGAAGCCCAGCGCAGCCAGCCUGGCCAACGGGAACAACGCGCCCUUGCAGGACGCCGAGUGGUACUGGGGGGACAUCUCUCGGGAGGAGGUGAAUGAGAAGCUCCGGGACACACCAGAUGGGACCUUCUUGGUGCGUGAUGCCUCCAGCAAGAUCCAGGGGGAAUACACACUCACACUCAGGAAGGGAGGCAAUAACAAGCUGAUCAAGAUCUUCCAUCGGGAAGGCAAGUACGGCUUCUCGGAGCCCCUGACUUUUGGCUCGGUGGUGGAGCUCAUCACCCACUACCGGCACGAGUCGCUCGCCCAGUACAACGCCAAGCUGGACACCAGGCUGCUCUACCCCAUCUCCAAGUACCAGCAGGACCAGGUGGUGAAGGAGGACAGCGUGGAAGCUGUGGGGGAGCAGCUGAAGGUUUAUCACCAGCAGUACCAGGACAAGAGCUGGGAGUACGACCUGCUGUAUGAGGAGUACACACGUACGUCCCAGGAGCUGCAAAUGAAGAGGACAGCAAUCGAGGCCUUCAAUGAGACGAUCAAGAUCUUUGAGGAGCAGUGUCAGACACAGGAGAAGUGCAGCAAGGAGUACAUCGAGCGCUUCCGGAGGGAGGGCAACGAGAAGGAGGUGCAACGGAUCCUCAUGAACUCGGAGAAGCUCAAGUCCCGCAUCACAGAGAUCCACGACAGCAAGAUGAAGCUGGAGCAGGACCUGAAGAAACAAGCCUCGGAGAACCGGGAGAUCGACAAGCGCAUGAACAGCCUCAAGCCAGACCUGAUGCAGCUGCGCAAGCUGCGGGACCAGUACUUGGUGUGGCUGACGCAGAAGGGUGCCCGGCAGAAGAAGAUCAACGAGUGGCUGGGCAUCAAGAACGAGACGGAGGACCAGUACUCCAUGAUGGAUGACGAGGAGGAGCUGCCCCACCACGAGGAGCGGACGUGGUACGUGGGGAAGAUCAACCGUGUGCAGGCAGAGGAGAUGCUGUGUGGGAAACGGGACGGCACCUUCCUGAUCCGUGAGAGCAGCCAGAAGGGCUGCUACGCCUGCUCCGUGGUGGUGGAUGGUGACACCAAGCACUGCGUGAUCUACAAGACGGCGACGGGCUAUGGGUUUGCUGAACCCUACAACCUCUACGCCUCCCUCAAGGACCUGGUCUUGCACUACAAGCACACGUCCCUGGUGCAGCACAAUGACUCCCUGAAUGUCACUCUGGCUCACCCGGUCCUUUCCCAGCCACCAGCCAGAUGAGCAGCCCAUGCACAACACAACAGCUGCCUUCAGCUUCUCCCCAGGGCGCUGCUUUCUGGCUCUGGACUCUUGCACCCUGUAUAGUUGAGUCUCUGUGCUCCUGCUCCUUCAGAGCCUCUGAGAUGUCUGUGACCGUUUCUGAUGUCCCUCUUGGUCAGUAGCUGAAACCCGUGUUGGCUGAUGGGACAGAAAGGCUGGGCUGUAGAUUUGCAGUGGGCUCCAGCCUCUAGGAGGUGGGAUCCAGAUGUGAUUGAAUUGCUGGGGGUGAGCACAGCCCCCUCCCCUUCCCUAAUAAGCAGGUCAGAUCCCCUUCUUGCUGGCAGGUCGCCCCACUACGCAUCACUGUAGAGCUUUGGUUCUUGAUUCCUCGGUGCUGACCGAGGGGUUCCCUGCCUGGACACCAGAGGAGGCAGAGGAGGAGGAGGCUCCACUGAGCGUGUGCAUCCUUCACUCUGGCUUCCCUCGGUGGCCUCGCAGGCUGUGAUGGUGUCUGGUACGAGGGGUGCUGCUCUUGCAUGCAGAGACAUUUAGGAAGGAGAAACCUCAUCCUCAGUGAGGCUCCCUGGCUGAGAUCUUCGCUCUGUGCUGUGCCCCACCUGGCCACCAUUCCCUCUUGUCAUAACCACCUCUGGAGUGUUGCUGCCUGGGCAGGGAGGAUCUGCUUAGCCGUGAAUCUCCUGCCUUAGUUGUGCCAACGAAGCUGUGAAAUCCGUGUUGGUACCCGUGUUUUCCUGGCAGGAUCUGUGGGAUGCACAGCUCGUUGUUUCCGGCCGGUUUCGGUGACUCUCUGCACACGUAACCCAUUGAAGCUGACUGUAGCUCUGUAAAUAUGGUUCUUUUUGUGA